AUGCAUCCGGCUUUACGAAAUCUCGAAGUGAUAGACAUCAUUAUCUCUCACACAGCUCACGGAACCCUUCCUGCACUUGCCUCUACAUGCCGCAUAUUUCAGGACCCAGCACUUGACGUUCUUUGGAGGAAUUUGUCUUCCGUGGAGACCCUCAUCAGUUGUAUGCCAGGUGACCUGUUUACCGUUGAGCAAGGAUGCAUGGUACUACAGAAACCUCCUGACGACAAGAUGUGGGACACUCUUUGCAAAUACACGUCCCGCGUACGCUCGAUCAGACAAACAUAUAGCUCAAUGUCUAUCGAAGCCCUUGGGUCGAUACUGUUGUCUUGUCCUUUGGCACCCAGAUCUCUGUUUCCCAACCUCCGUAAGCUAACAUGGCGUGCCAAUGGAACUCGCGGCGCAGCAGAUUUCUUGCGCGUGGCUUUUGUGCCUACCCUACUGGUCCUGAAUGUGGCGGUUUCUUCAGUUUCAACUUCCAUUGCCUUUCUCUCGGUCCUUUCGUCUCUUGGUACCUUGUGUCCUCGCCUCCAGAGCUUGUAUAUGGAUUACGAGCCUUUAACCGACCAUUCAUAUUGCAAAAUUAUACCCUUCGUUAUAAAACCUUUUUCCACACUCCACCAUCUUCGCGCAUUGCAGGUAUGGGACAUAGGGGACCAAGGUAUCCAACACAUUAUGCAGCUACGAGCUCUGCAGUCGCUGACACUGGAUUUGAACUCAUGGUCAAUUGGGGAGAAACGAUCGUAUCUGCGACUCCCCGGUUUUCAUGAUUUGAAUUAUCUGGGCCUUCAUGUCAACAAGUUGGAGGAUGCUUCGAAGUUCUUCGUUUCACUCGAGGUUGUCAGAAGCAGGGACAUAACAGUCUUCUUUAGCCCCCGGUCUCCCCCGCCUGCAUCCGCAAUGCUAUCUCAGUUUCUCGGCAUCCUCCAAGAAAGAUGCGACAACGAUAAGCUUGAACGCCUCUCUCUCGUCGGAUAUUCGAAGGCGGUGCUCACAGAACCAGGCGUCUUCACACCACUGCACGCAUUUCGCAAUUUGACUCAACUGAACAUCCAGGGGAGCUUUAGCAUUUCCAUGUCUGACGAGCAGCUAUGCCAGCUGGUGAGAGCCUGGCCUAGGCUCAAGGUCCUCAAAAUCAGCAGCUGGAUCGUUAUCGAUGUCGCUACGGUACUACCCACAUUCCAUGGGCUAAUAGGGUUGCUUCAGCUCUGCCCCGCUCUGACUUCGCUCGCUCUUGUCAUCGAUACCACCAAGUUGGAUGGCAUAGAUCUCAGAAACCCCAGUGGUGGACGCUUUAAUACGCUCAACUGCCUCACGCUCGGCAAUUCACCCAUUGAUUGCCCAGUAAACGUAGCCCUCAUCCUCAGCGGCCUCUUCCCCCGUCUUGAGCAGGUCAAUAUCGAUUGUUGGAAUGGAUACCAGUUGUACGUGAUACCGCAGAGGACACCAGCAAUGAAGCAAUGGGCGUCAGUCAAUAGCAUCCUCCGUGGCUUCAGCGUUGUAAAGGAGCGGCGUGUUGAAGCUUGA